AUGUUUCAUUGGAAUAAGUCAGCAGUAACUGAUUCUGAUACAAUGAUCAUCGUUCUGGACAAUAUUGGAUUAGACAGUAGAAUAAAUAAAAUGGUUCUGAGAUCAAAUCUUUUGGUUAUUGUCGGUAAAACGCAAGUGGCGAAAUUGUUCUAUUCGCAAUAUCAUCAAAGUGUAGUCAUAUUGUAUAAGUUAACGAAAAAAACCACUAAACCUUCUCCUUCCUUUUUAACACUACAAGUUUUUUUUGGCGAAAAUGGGCGUCAAGUGGACUUGCGCCCUUUAUUGCCUUUUAGUGAUAUAUCAUCCCAGGAAGAAUACAGCAGCUCAGAUAUGGACUUAACCGGGCAAACCAAGUCAACACGUAGUUCGUCAAGCAGGUCGUCCUCUCGUGGACCAGGAAACUCUUGGUCUUACAAAGCAGACACUGAUUCUGAAAAUCCUGGAAUGGUUAAUUACUCCUACAUCGAUUCUACCGGAGAAACGGUCAUCGGUACCGCGUCAGCGGAGGACUUUCAGAAUGACAAUCCUCUCAAAGAGCUGCAGGAAUCCCAGGACUCCUUUCAACCGUCCUUUAAUCAGAAUAAUCGCAUGCGAUAUGGAGCUCCAGCCUUCGUCAACUUCCCAAACAAUUUUGGACGUGGAAAUAACAACAUUUUCCGCAAUGGCCAUAGUUCCAAUUUCAAGAAUCUAAACUCUGCUGGUAAUACUGUGCAGAGUAGCGCCAGCGAAGGUCCAGGAAUCAAUUCGGCUUUACCCGGCGCCGAUUCCAAAUUCUCUCAAACAGCCUCCGGGUCGAAAAACAGCAACAGUUACUCAACCUCCUCAAAAUCCAACUCCGUAUCGGGAAUUGGUCCCGAUGGCAAGCCCUACAGUCGCAAAGUAUAUGUCAACGAAGUAAAUGAUAACGGAAAAGUGACUAUCGAGAGGGUCGAAGAAUAACUUGACCGAAUGCGAAUACGUCGAUGAUAAAUUUAUGGCAGUUUAUCCUAGUACGUACUGUUAUUAUCCAUUGAAGUCACGUGCGCAUUUCGCAGCUUCAAUAAUUCCGUUCUCAUUAUCAUCCUCAAAAUUUCUUUAUUAUUAAAUUGCUCGAAUUUCCGUCCGAUUUUACCGCGCAGAUAAGCCAUUUAAUAUGGUACUCCAUAAUGCAUCAAUCCUACGUUAUAAGUAAAGUUGAGCGACAUGAAAUUAUAACGAUAAAAUAGAUCAGAUUUAGGUACCUCAGGAUGUAGAAUCAGGUCAUAAUCUAUCGUGCGUAUGCAUAGUAUUCAAUUCAUUAUUAAGAAAUAUGGGGUUAGCUUCUAAUGUUCGAAGAUGACAACUUCGAAAUCAUAAAUUUAUGAUUGUCUUCUUGUGUCAACGACCGCGACUUUCGAGUGCAGAAUUCUGUACGAUGAGCAUGUUGUUAUGAGAUUUCUUAUUCUAAGGACAAUUUUUAUACUUUCUCACGUAUUGCCAUUAUUUAUAAGUCUGAUUAAUAAGUCUCUUUAACUGAGACAUA